GCUAUUUCCAUGCAUAUUGUAUUUUUACACGUCAAUCGCAUUCUUUAGAAAGUGGGAUUUCGAUAGGGACAUUCCGUAUGUUCUCGGAUUCGCCUAUGCUUUGCCACAAAUUACUAUAGUGAGAUUGAGAAGAUCAACAUUCGCCUCCAUUAUUGAUUUACUGGAAUGUGUUGAUGUAUCGCAAAUGAACGAUGCUGCCAAAUUUCAAGAUUCUUUAAUAAAAAUUACGUCGAAGGUGGGGAACGUAGCAUGCCCUUUCGGAUCUGCAGCAAUUCCUCUGAUGGUCGUUCUAUGGUUUAUAUUUGGACAACACUCUGACAUGCCCUUCAAUACAUUACCGGCUUGGCUUAUAAAUUACAACUACUGGCUUUCGCUACUUCUUCAAGUAACAGUUUGUAGUGCCAUUUGUCAAGAAUACGUGGUAUUAGGAGCUACAAAAAUUUGCUUUCUAUUGCAGUUACGAAUGCAUUUCAAACACUUAAAGUCGAACGUCCAAAACAUACUGGAGGUUACAGAGGCUAAUGAAGAAAUUCCAUGGACUUAUUUGCAAAAGAAGUUAAAGCAUUUGAUCGACUAUCACUUUUCCAUUAUUAAAAUUGCUGAACAAGUGGAGACGUUGUUUAACAAAUGCGUGCUUACCGGUUUCAUAGUCUUAUCAGUGUUUAUUUGCAUUUCAAUGUAUGCAAUCCUAAGUAAUCCCUUAUUCGGCCCCGACUUUUGGAGAUUUAUUUUCUACAUUUUUAUGACUUUCAUGCCCUUUUUUGCAGAUUGCUUCUUCUCACAACAGGUCAUAACCGAAAGUGAAGAGUUGUUCAGUUCUUAUUGCGCAAUAGAUUUCGUUGGUACUGAUUUGAGAUUUCAAAAAGCGUUAUUGGUGCUUUUGGGCCAGGGGCAAAGAACCAUAGGCUUCACGAUUGGGAAGUUUGCUCCACUAUCGAUUAUUACAAUAGUUACUGUUUUGAAGACCGCAUUUUCCUAUCUAACGUUCUUACAAAACAUGAAGGGAAAGUGA